AUGUCUCUCGCAUGCUCUCUUUUCGAGCCCCUCUCAUUCACGUCAAGAACAUUUCUCGUCCAUCAGCGCCGAAACCUAUGUGGCGAGAGCAUGCUCGAUAAAGAGGACAUCAAGGCGUGCGAUGGCUGCGAGGGCGUGAGCACGUACCUAAGUAGUAUUCAUCCAUCUCAAGGGGUUCAACUCAGCUCGGAAGUCACCGUCGCUCCCGUUUCUGUCUCUGGCAGAGCCCAGAAUAGCAGCACUAUCGGCAGAGGCGUUGGCCGUUUUGCCUUGCCAGCAUGUUCGGUUGGCGUUGCGAGCGUCUAUGCAUACCAGCCCGAUUGCCAAAUGACAGUCUCCAUCUGUCUUGCAGCAUUGGCGCUCAUGUAUGCAUCCGAGAUUGAUGCCCGCAUCGGCGACUACCCUGUCACCCUGCUGCAGAUCAUCCAUGGCAGUUAUGAGCACGGGGCCGUCGAUGAUCUUGCCCCAUGGAGCUGGGAAUGCCACUUUAGCCUCUCGACGGCCAGUUGA